UGGGGAGUUUUUGAUCUGAGGAAGUAGAGCAAAUAAUACCGAAUUCCUGUUGCAAGCUGCAGUUUAGGAAGUUUAGUUAGGAGGAAUAAAUUGAUUGGUAGAGUUAUAUUGAAGGAAAGCAUGGAACCUGUUUGUGAAUUUUGCGGGGUGGUGAGAGCAGUAGUAUAUUGUAAAUCAGAUUCAGCUCGGCUUUGCCUGCAUUGUGAUGGAUGUGUCCAUUCUGCGAAUCCUCUGUCAAACAGGCAUUCUCGUUCUCUUUUAUGCGAUAAGUGCAAUUCACAGCCUGCAAUGGUCCGUUGUAUGGAUGAGGAAUUGUCCCUUUGUCAAGGCUGUGAUUGGAAUGGCAAUGGUUGCUCGACAAUGGGCCAUCGACGCCAGGCCUUGACUUGUUACAAAGGAUGCCCUUCUUUGGCAGAGUUUUCGAGGAUUUGGGCUUCAGUUCUUGAGACACCUUCUUCUGGUGGCUAUGAUGUUGGAUGGGGGCCGCUUAGCUCUAUGUCCGUGACUGAGAAUUCCAUAGUGAACUGCAUUGAGCCUUCAGAAAAUGAGGGGCCAUUCGGAUUGGUUACUAGCAAAUUGAGUCUACUGGAACCUUGUCCCAAGUUUGAACCUUUGAUGGAACUACCUCCUUUAAUUCCAUCAAAUCCAAAUUGCAUGCUGUACUACAAAAAUCAAACACCUGCAUUGCCAGAGGAGUCAAACAUGCCAAAGCAGGAGUGCUCUGGCAUUAAGGAUGUUGGACUUCAUGGUGGAGACAAUCUUUGUGAAUGUCUUAGCAUUGACGAUCUCCCUUUAGACUUUGAAAAUGCUGAUGACAUAUUUGGGUGUUCACAAGGUCAUAGCAGAUACCAAUUUGAGGAUGGUGGUACGAACUGCAUCUUAAUGGACAAAACCUUAUCUGUCACCAAAUCCAAUGGAUCCAUUGAGAAUGCUUUUGAGGCAUCAUCAUCAGGACAACAUGAUUGUGUGGCUUUCCAAUCUUCUGGUGCCGGGGGUUCAGCCAGUAUGAUGCAGAUCAUGAAUGGUACCACUGCUUGUAUGUUUGUCAAUCCCAGUUGCAACAGAAACAUCAAUAAUAUUGGCUUUCCUACUGGGCAAGUUCAUUCAAGCAUGUCACUUGCAAUCUCCAGCAUCACUUGCGAAAGUAGUGUUGCUGAUUACCAAGAUUGUGGAUUAUCGCCAAUAUAUUUGACUGGUACGUCUCCAUGGGAACCAAAUCUGGAGGCUAGUUGCCCACAAGCAAGGGACAAAGCCAAGAUGAGAUACAAAGACAAAAAGAAAAUGCGGAUGUUCGGCAAACAAAUAAGAUACGCCUCUCGAAAGGCCAGAGCUGAUACGAGAAAGCGAGUGAAAGGAAGAUUUGUGAAAGCUGGAGAGGCAUAUGAUUAUGACCCUCUAGGGACAAGUAACUUCUAAGCCAGACUACUUAAUCUUUGCACCUGAGAUUGUAAGUAAAGGGUGCAUUUACGAGGUAUAAACUGUCCACCAGCUGAAUAUAAAGCAUUGUUUUCCCUCUGGUGAUUUCAUGAGGAUAUAAUGCUUGCAGGUAGUAAAAGAUCUUGCAUCUGGCUAAGAGUUAUUUGUAUUCACUCUAAGCGCAAUUAAGUUCGAUGGAUGCCUUAAAUUCCAAUUCUGUUGUGAUAUGCUCUCUGAAAUUCCUGGUUUUAUCUUCAUCCGUGGCUGCUAAUAGGCAUACACGGUUCUCUGAUAUUUGAUAACCGUGGCUGCUAAUAGGCAUACACAGCUCUCUGAUAACUGAUGGGCAUAAUCUAAUAGGUUAUGUAUAGGUUAAAUUUGUCUACGAGUUUUGAGUGUUAAAUCAGCUAGAGCUGCCAAGAAAGUGGGAAAAAAAGGUGCAUUUGAGACAUCAGGUCCUGGCUCAAAGUCAAGCUAGCGGUUUGAUUUAGAUUGUUUAACCUAACAAGUGGAGAGAAAAAAGUGAGUUGGGUAAUUCGACUUCAAACCUCUAACUUGUGAUGGAUCUGGAUAGCUUGGAAAACUAUUGAUUGAUUGGUAUCAGUGACGUAAAUCCUCUGUUCUAGCACUAGAAAUUGAGGCUUUUAAAUAUGGCAGCCUUUAUCUAUAUUGAUCUUUUAACAUGCCAGUUCAUCACUCUUGUUCAUUUGGUGGACAAUUCAUGCCAAUGAUAAGAACUGAAAGCCAUGUUUGAAGACAUGCUGCUUGAGUUUAUUUUUUAUUCUCUGGAAGAUAAAAUCUUCCUGACUUUAUAAAUAGAUAUUAUUCUUCAUUCAUCCUCUUUGUAUGGCAUAGCCGAUCCUUUAGCCUUAUGCACCUGUAAAUUUUCCUAUAUUUUCAGAACAUAAUGUUGUAUUCUUGGUUUUAAAGUGUUAUUCUGAUUGAUAACUCAACCUUCAUUUUUCUCACCGGUACUCUCUUUUUUCUUGCAGUUUCCCCCUAUACUAUACUACUUUGUUCUGGAAAUCCGCAUAGAAAAUAUGCAGGCACAUUUUAUGUUCACCAUUGCAGAUCUUUGGUACCGGUGGCUGCAUCGGGAUUGUUUGAGCUGCAAGAAACUGAAGCAAUUGAUAACAUCUAUGACAACCUGUUAACUGCCUCUACCAUCAUUUUGUUCAAUAAUGUUCCAUACAUUCUUUGGUCAAUGAUUAUUUGACCCCAAUUAUUUCGUAAGUACUAAUUAAAAGCCACUUGUUACUUUAGAGUUUAGAAGCUAUUCAGUUGGAAGAAACAAGCGGCGACAAUACCACAACGACCACCUUUUGUUCAAGCUCGUUCUGUCCAUUUUGGUUUUGCUUCCACCAGCUCAACCAUUCCUGCUGUAAGGAAAUGUGGAUAUUGCAGAUCAAAUUCUUACAUUGUAAGUGCAGUACUUAGCCGUAUCUGUUCCGCGUAGUAAACUGUUCUUGAACCAUAUUCAUCAAAUUGAAAUAAGUAGAAAUGCUCAUUUUCCUUGCACAUUUGGAUUGAUAUGAUACAUUUUGGAUUGAUAGCUCAAAGCAUCUCUUUAUUUUCCACGGCUAUAAGGCCUCUGUUCUGCAUGAUUAUCAGGUCAAAACGUGUGAUACAUGCCUGACAAAAUUCUUAUUUCAUUAUUUUUAGAAAAGUAAACAACUGUACAAGAUCUCCUUCACUAGUUCUUACCUAAGAAGUUGAGCUCCUGAGGAAGAAAAAAACCUAUUACAAAAACAUGCUCAGAACUCAGAAAGAAUUCUCUCAAAAACACUCAUCUUCUGGUUAUAUCUAUAUCUACCCAUUAACAUUCCAACGCUUCCUGCUCUUGUUGGACUGGACAUCAAAUCAUUCAUCCAGAAUAAAUGAAAGUGUUAAACCAUACAAGCUUCACACAAAGGAAAUUUCAAGUACUAUAUUGUAAAACAGAAAGAACCAAAAAGACUUGAAUGAGUCAACUUCACAUGAAGCGCUAAGGAUCACAUAGAGACGCAAUAUCCUAACUCCAAGGGGUUGGCCGAGUUACUUUCUGGCACCCUGAGUCCUAAGUUCGAAACCUCUCGCCAACAUUUUGGGACCACACCUCUGAUAAAAUGCUAGCAAGGUACAUGAUCUCGUGUAGGGAAACCUGGCUUGGAGAAACGCAACAUCCUUGUCUACAUACUCAUUCAUUCCCUUUCUUCUUUUUCCUUCAAUAUAUUAACUAACAAUAAAGAAUCCGGUGGAGAAACCCAAAAGGAAAAAAAGACAGUUAUU